AUGGAAAGUUUAGCAGACUUUUUGAGAUCCGAAGCAACUACUUUAGAUCGAUUAAGACUUUCAAGUUGUCCACCAGUUAAUACUGUGAAAUCACCUAGAGCACAUCUCAAUGUCUUGCAACAAGAAUUGAAAGGAACAGGUUUUCCAACUCAAUUCCCUUCUAAGAAAUGCAUUUUGGGAUGUGAGAUUGCGCAUCGAUUACUUGACUGUCCAAUAUACUUGCAAAAAUCAGUUAAAGAUAAUGAGAACAAAGAACUGAGACAAAGAACUGCAACAGGAAGAUAG